UACGUCUUUAACAAGAGGCGUAGCUCUUUGCUUAUGCAUUGUGGUACUUGCCUUGGUUGAGAAAUUUUUGCUUCCUGCAUACACAUCCAGAGACAAGUUGAGAGAAAGAAAGAGGGUUCGCUCGCUGUGAAAGACAGGACGUUGACAGUAAUGUUACCAUCUAGUACAACCAAAAUAAUAGUUAUUCUAUAGAGGAGAAGGAUUAACUUUCGAUUGCACGGACGAACAUUUUUACGCAUUCACUAGCCAAACUGUUCACGCACACCGUAGGUUUUGCAACGAAGAGGCAGAGGGAAAAGAAGACAGGCUAUUAAACCCGUUCGUUUGAAACCCUUUUUAGCUAACAUACCUCCGUGAUGUCGGAGCGAGGAGGGCUCCCGCGGACUGGAGGUGCCCCCUCCCCGCACGUGCAGCCCUCCAAACCGGUCACGAUCACCUCGAAUCGCCCGGUCCACAUGAACCUCUACGCCACCUGGGAAGUGGACCGCUCUUCGCCAAGCUGUGUGCCGAGGCUGUUCAACCUGACGCUGAAGAAGCUGAUCAUGUUGAAGGAGCUUGAUAAAGACCUCACCUCCGUGGUCAUCGCUGUCAAACUACAAGGUUCUAAGAGGAUCCUGAGGUCCAAUGAGAUAUUGUUGUCUUCCGCGGGGCUGACUGAGACAGAUCUUCAGCUCACCUUCUCUCUACAGUACCCCCACUUCCUGAAGAGAGAUGCCAACCAGCUCCAGAUCAUGCUCCAGCGACGUAAACGUUAUAAGAACCGAACCAUCCUGGGCUACAAGACCCUGGCUCUGGGACUCAUCAACAUGGCUGAGGUGAUGCAGCACCCCAGUGAGGGGGCCCAGGUAUUGGGGCUCCACAGCCAGUUGAAGGAGGCCUCUGUACCCGUGGCGGAGGUCAGGGUCUACUCCCUCUCCAGCCAGCCCAUCGACCACGAGGGACCCAAGGCCAAGAUGUCUGAUCGUUCUCCAGACAUUGAUAACUAUUCUGAGGAAGAGGAGGAGAGCUUCUCAUCAGAACAGGAGGGCAGUGACGACCACGGCCAGUAUCUGUAUGAUGAAGAGGAUGAGGUGAGGAAGAAAAAGCCUAGACGGAAGCUCACAUCCAACGCCUCCAUCACUAGACAACCCAACAUCAAGCAGAAGUUUGUGGCCCUGCUGAAAAGAUUCAAAGUUUCAGAUGAGGUGGGUUUUGGUCUGGAGCAUGUCUCUAGAGAACAGAUCCAGGAAGUGGAGGAGGAUUUAGAUGAGUUGUAUGACAGUCUGGAGAUGUACAACCCCUCUGACAGCGGACCAGAGAUGGAGGAGACGGACAGCAUCCUCAGCACACCCAAACCUAAACUCAGGCCGUUCUUUGAGGGGAUGUCUCAGUCCAGCUCUCAGACAGAGAUCACCAGUCUGAACAGCAGAGGGGGGAGCCUGGGACGUGACGCCUGCUUCAACCCUCAGGGGGAGCAGAUGAAACACUCUCACAGUCGUAACCUGGAGGUAGAGGCCCUCUCCGAGACAGACACACUGGAGUUGAACGAUCAAGAGAUGUUUCCAGAGGCCCCCUGCAUUAAGGUGUCGGUGGCUGAGAAACCCUGUACGCCCCUGAAGAGCAGUAAGAGUGAAGGAGGACAGACUAUGCCCUCUCCCAGGUUGGACGGCGGAGGCCACACCCCCAAACAGAAGAGACAGAGCAAUACUCCUAUGAAGGAGAGGCAGCUGUCUAAACCAAUCAGUGAAGGGGCGAAGACCAACAUCUCUGACAGCGAGAGGUCCCCCGAACUGGGACACAGAUCACAGGUCCUGAGGAAGGCGGUGUAUGAUCAGCUAAACCAUGUCCUGCUGUCUGACUCUGCUCUUCCUGAGAGUCUCAUCCUGGUCAAUGGCACCGACUGGCAGGGCCAGUACGUGGUAGAGCAGCUGCAGGUACAGAGGCACCCGGUGGUGUGUACGUGUUCAGGUGCUGAGAUCCAGGCGGUGCUUUCUGCUGUCCUCACACGCAUCCAGAAGUUUUGUAACUGUAACUCGUCCAUGCCCAGGCCAGUCAAGGUGGCAGUGGUGGGCAGUCAGAGCUACCUCAGUGCCAUUCUGCAGUUCUUCGUCACCCAGCUGGCCAGCAAGACCUCUGAUUGGCUCAGCCACCUGAGGUUCCUGGUGGUGCCUCUGGGCUGUCAUCCUGUUGCUAAGCACCUGGGUGCCCUAGACAACCGUUACAGCUCUGCAUUCUUAGAUGGGGCGUGGGGAGACGUGUUCAUCCACUCUGAACCCCCACAGAAAGUUCAGUUGGACGUGGCAGGUAGGAUCUCUCAGUACAUCAGUGGCGCCACAGUCACACACCAGCUGCCCAUCGCUGAGGCCAUGCUUACCUGUAAACACAGGACGCACGAUGAAGAUUCCUACCAGAAGUUCAUUCCCUUCAUUGGGGUGGUGAAGGUUGGUCUGAUUGAGCAUGGUCCAUCCUCUACUGGAGACACAGAAGAGUGUGUGGCAGUGAGCCUUGCUGUUCCCUCUACGUCCCCUCCCUCCCACAGCUCUCCUGCUGGGCUGAUCAAAGAGGCUGCCACUCCCCCCUCCUCUCCCUCCAUGGGCAGUGUUCUGGCAGUACAGGGGAGCCCCAGUAUGCCUCAUGGUGUGGACACCAUCGGGCUGCAGGUGGACUACUGGCUGGCGUCGCUGGCGGAGAAGCGACGUGAUGGGGAACGGCGUGACACGGGCGGUAAGAACACCCUGAAGAGUGCCUUCAGGUCCCUGCAGGUCAGCAGGCUACCAGGAGGGGGCAUCGGUGAGACCCAGGCCCAGGUCAGCACCAUGGCCAUGACAGUGGUCACCAAGGAGAAGAACAAGAAGGUUCCCACCAUCUUCCUGGGUAAGAAACCGAAGGAGAAGGACGUAGACUCUAAGAGCCAGGUCAUCGAGGCCAUCAGCAGACUCAUCUGUUCUGCCAAGCAGCAUCAUACCAUGUUGAAAGUGUCCAUAGACGGAGUGGAGUGGAACGACGUCAAGUUCUUCCAACUGGCCGCCCAGUGGCCCACGCAUGUCAAGUACUUCCCUGUUGGACUGUUUGGUUACAGCAAACCCCCCUCCUAGGGUCCACCCUUUACCCCUCCCCCUUGGCCCCCUUGCCUCAGCCAGUCCCAUCCCACCUACGCACACAGACCCCGCCUCUCAGAACGCCAUGGCACUUGUAUUGGUCAAUCACGAUGGAGGGUUUUUUCUAUAUUUGUCUUAUUUCUCUAUAAGGAGGAAUGGAGGGAAGGGGUGGAGCGCUACUUGUCACUUUACUGAAUUAAAAUGCCCCUCUCUCCCAGUGUGGUGUGUGUAUGAGGGGAACACAGCACAAGAUAACUAACUGCCUUUCAACUAACCGUAACGAUGAGGUGCAACCCCACAAAUAACUCCCAUUAUGACCCCUGACCCUUUAACCCCGACCGGUGUCUCUUAUCACAUUGAACCUGCCAACGGUCAAUCCGUGCUCUAACCCAGACCUGCAUGCUGUAAACUCCACCACCCACGUGCCAGUUAUAACAAGAACAUCAUGUUGUGUUAACAGUAAUGACAUGGUUAUUAUGGGCUAUGGAGGGGAACUGUGCAUGACAAAUGGAACAAACAGACAACACGUACAGUAGCAAUGCUUUUCCUGCUCCCAAAAUACAAGAAAAGGCUUUUUUCUCACCAGUGAUAUACGUUGAUAUGAUAUGCAUCUGAAGAGUAAAAAAUGGAAACGUUCCGUUUUGAUGUUGUAACAACAUUGUAGCUUUCUGUGAACAGCACAGUCCAGUCCUCCAAAUUCAGAGCUCACUGUUUGUCCAAACUCUACUGCUGUCUGUAAGGCUUGUCCCUUUAUCAAUCAGUUAUUGUGGUCGGCAUUGUUCUCUUGAUUUGAUUAAAUGACGAUGUGUUCUAAGAAACACACUAGUCCUCUUGGCAUCUAGAAUGAACGCUGACCAGUCGUGAGUAACUUAGCGCUGGGUCACCUGUAGCCCUAACCCCACCUGUGCACUGUAAGUAUUAUGACCAAUGUCAAGUAUUACAAUGACAUUGUGUCCAAUUUUGCUGUUAUUAUUAUGAUUUUCAUGGUAACUUGGAGGUAGGAGGUUUCUCAGCAGUGACGUCAACAUCUCGUGUAACUAACUCAAUAUCUGUCCCUGUUCUCUUUUGGGGGGGGGGGGGGCUCUUACAAAUGAAGGGUUUUGCACCAAGGCCUUCAAACUCACUGAGAAUGAAUACACAGCUAUGCAUGUUCCACAAAUAAGUCUGAAUGAUAGCAUGCAAAGAUUUCACAGUACGAGGAUGCAUUUCCAGCAGUCAUUGGUGAUAUCCCCUGAACCUCAUUUGAAUGCAGAUAAUAUUCAUUGAUUGCGUCUUCGUUUAUUUGAUCUCACUGUCGUCAGAAGCUUCAUUAUUUAGGAACACUCCAUUUUUGUAAGUUUUAAACCCAUUUUAUCAGUGAAUGUCUCGUUUAAUUCGAGAGAGAAAAAAACUGAUGGCAGGAGAGAUUAGCGGACUGUUAAUUUACAAAUGAAACACUUUUUAUAGGCCAGAACCAGCUGUUACUUCACUAGAGCAUUUUCUGUUGUUCUUUGAACACAAACACACCAUAAUAAUCUCUCUCCAAACUCCAUAGUCAGUUGACCUUGUAACUUUGUAGCCUGUGAGCUUGGAUACUUUGUGCAACUUCCCUUGUGAGUACCAAAGAGAGAUAUGGCCAGGGCAGUGGCACUAUUCAAAGCAGACCAUCAAACUCUGCUGCUCUUAUUACGUGUCCCUGCCCACCAGCCACGGGCUAGACCCAGACACAUAUCUUCAUCUGGACUUGGACCCAUCUUUUAACUGACUGUAUCUAUGUAUGUUAUGUACGUGGUUGUAUCUAUGAUGUGCAGAUGUGUCUCCUUAACCACAGAUCUAGGAUCAGAUUACCCUGCCCUCCAGUUCUAACCAUAACCAUUAGGGGGAGUUAAAACUACCUGACCCUGAAUCAGUCGUUAUGGGCGACAUCUACUGCCAGAGCUCCAACUGCUCUUUGCCUUGCAACGUGUUAUUAGCAUCAUAAGGAGUGUAAGAUAUGAUUCUAUUUGAACUGCUUUGUUUUCAUAGGGGAAUCGGAAUUAUUCAACGAACGGGACAGACAAAAAUAAUCACUGCCAAAAAUGUCUGUUACAUGGAUAUUACAGCCAAGCUGACGAGAGGGUGUAGAUAGAUAUGUGUUCAGUGUUUUUGGUGACAACAACAAAACAAAACUUUAAAUCAUGAUUCUUGUUCCAAAAUAAUGUAUUUCAAUGUUAGAAAAAGAUGAUGUUACCAAGAAACAUUCCACUGUUUUACUCUCUCUCCUCUCCCCCUGUUCACAGUCUCUGUUCACAGUCUCUGUUCACAGUCUCUGUUCACAGUUCAGUCCCUGUUCACAGUCUCUGUUCACAGUUCAGUCCCUGUUCACAGUCUCUGUUCACAGUCUCUGUUCACAGUUCAGUCUCUGUUCACAGUCUCUGUUCACAGUUCAGUCCCUGUUCACAGUCUCUGUUCACAGUUCAGUCCCUGUUCACAGUUCAGUCCCUGUUCACAGUCUCUGUUCACAGUUCAGUCUCUGUUCACAGUUCAGUCUCUGUUCACAGUUCAGUCUCUGUUCACAGUUCAGUCCCCUGUCUUUCACCGGUCUCACCGUUGACAUGUUGUUUGUUGUUUUUCCUACCUUCUCUAGCUAGGCCUAUUCUUCCUGUGUGACUGUUGUCUCUAACUUGACCUGCUGUGUGUUAACCUGUGUCUCUAGCUGUACUGACCUGUGUCUCUAGCUGUACUGACCUGUGUCUCUAGCUGUACUGACCUGUGUCUCUAGCUGUACUGACCUGUGUCUCUAGCUGUACUGACCUGUGUCUCUAGCUGUACUGACCUGUGUCUCUAGCUGUACUGAUCUGUGGUUGCUGUGAUGGUCUUCAUGACUAACGUAUAGGGACAGGGUUGUGACUAAAGGGAGUAUAGUCUACGAUCGGAAGUUACUUUUCGUAGCAGGUUAGGAGAAAAUUUGAGCUAAUCCUAACCUUAACCUAAGUAUCCUAAUCUGCCACUUUAAUUAUCCUAACCUGCUUCUUGUUUCUCCUAACCUGCUACGAAAAAGUAACUUCCGGUCAUAGCUGUACUCCCUCCAGUCAGAACCUAGGGACAGCAGUUAUUCCUAACCAUGUGACUUAGAACAACUCUGGGCCCUGGUUAUAGUCUAUACCAGAGGCGGAAGAGGAAGCAAGACAUCUCGCUCCCUCAUUUUUUUCUGGUUCAUAUACAGUCAAUUAACUAAGUAGACCAGACCCAGCUGCUAUCACAUAAGAUAUCUUAAUUUAUCCACCGUCUUUGGUCUAAACCUAUAACCAGGGCCCAGACUUCCUGUUCAGGUCACAUGAUCCUGAAAAACACCUGUCCCUAGUGAAGGGAAGAACAAUAUGAUCUAUUAAUAAAUCCCUUUAAUUAUCAAUAAUCUCCUUCCUCUCCUCUAUCAUCACAAUGUGUUUCAGAACAAAUGGAGUGAGAGGUCUAGAACAAACCGUAAGAUCUAGAGUCUCUGUCAGGAUUCCACAACCUUUGCUUCUAAUAGAACCCAUUUGAAAGGAUCUCCCUGCUUGUAACAUAGCAGCCUAUCACAGAAGGGAAUCAGUUUUUGUGUAACACUGCAUAGACCAUAGUUAUGCUUUGUAGCUAGUAGUUUGAGGGGAGGAUUCUAACGCUUGUGGAUUUGGAGAGUAUUUUUGCACAUGCCAUUGUUUCUUCAGCAGCUUUUUUUGCCUUUUGCCUAUAAACAAUAAUAAUGCUUGUACAUACAAAACAAAUGUACUUCUGUAAUGUAUCUUAGUCCUUGUUUUUUUAUUUGAAAUCUUUUGUAGUACUGCUUUUUUAUGUUUAUGUUGUGUGAUGGAAAAGUGGAACUGUUCAUUGUUUUUUAAAUAAAUACUCCUGAUUUUUAUGUC